GAGUCUUGCAAAAUUUUGUUUAUUUGACCUGGUUUUAUUGCGAAUCUGUAAUAUUUGGAUCAAAUGCCAUUUGCGAAAUGUUUUUCGCAAGCCCUACCGAGAAGUAUAAAUAGUUUUGGGUUCCAGCCAGAACAGCAUCAGUUGAUCGUAUCCAACUACCAAGCAUCAACAUGAAGUACGCCUGUUCCCUGCUCCUUUUGGCCAUUGUGGGCUGCUUCCUGGUGAGCCUGUCCAGUGCGGCCAGUUCCACAACCACGACGGAGGCGGCCACCACCACUACCACCACCACAGCUUCGUCGGACACCACCACCACUACCGAAUCCUCGGACACCACAACUACAACCACAGCCUCUUCCUCCUCCUCGUCGUCGUCCUCCGGCGCAAAGAAGCAAGUUAUCCGCUACAAGCGGAAGGUUCACCGACCCAAGAAGGUCAGGAAAAUCAAACGCAACAAGACUAGGACUAGGCACCGCCGCAGUUAA